UCAACUGUGGUGGGUCAAGUUCACGAUGGACAGACACGCUACUUUUAGUUCAUGUGAUUCCCCGUAGCUGGAUCCGCAACGGUUUGAUUCUCUUUAGUUUCCUUCCUUUGUGUAUGAAAAAAGGGGAUUCGAUUAGUGCAAAGCAGCGCAUAGCGCACAAUUUAAUAACUCAUGACGUACACUAUGAUGGGAAGUAAAUCUUAUAUCAUCGAAUGUGAUAAUGCUUAUCUACCCAAUAUUGUAGCUGCUGUUGCAAUAGAUAAGCAAUGCAAUUCGAGUUUUGGCGCCUUUUUUCGCCAAAUCUUCCUCACCUAGUACUCGUGCAUGAACGACGCUCUCCAUGAUAGGAACAUUGCCAUCAUUCAACAUUGAUAAGACUAAUCAACUUUCAGGGUUGAAGGAGGGAUACUUAAAGAAAGAGACUGCGAAAUGGCUGUAUCGUUUGAAAUACCACGCUUUGUGGCGAGGAUGGAGCGAAUCCAAGAAAAAAUUAUGGACGGCCAAAUCGCUGCGUUGGAGCAGUUGCUGAAGGAUAUAACGGAAACUGAAAGUGAAUGGACCUCGGUUCAGUUCCUGUCCCGUGCAUAUGCCGAGCUAAAGCACCGCAACUUUGCCUUAUCAGCGGAUAUCGUGCACUUCAUCGAGUGUCGAUUGGUCAAAGCGUGCUACGAACAAUCGACUGCGAUUGCUGUGCAGGAUGCUGAGAAGGGGGAAGCUACGCAGAACGCCCGACGGUUGGACGCAAAUCGAGUGGAGGCUCUAGUGAAUGGUAUCGAUCUUAUCAUUCAGUAUCACAACACGGGACUGUACGAUGAUAUAGACGACGGUAUGAUCCAACGUUUGCGCCAGAUAUACGCACACGUUUUCUUUCUGAAAACGCACCACCGGAAACUGCCUCUUUUGCAGCUCCAGUUUUGUAUUGCCGUGUUCUUAAAGGUGGUUACUGGCAAAGCCAAUAACGGUUUCGAUAUUUAUUCGUUCACCAUUGAUAAGGUGCGGUUAAUUCGAUUUUUGAAGAUUGUUAGAGAGGAAAUCACCAGAUCACCACAACCAGUGAUAUCAUUCGAAACAUACAAUCAUUAUGUGAAAUACUUACUCCACUGCCCACCGGUACCACAGACGCUGCGUAUCCCGAAACGCGUUCGUGGCAUGAUUCGAAUGGAUUUAAAGGAAUCCAUAGGCCUUUUAGACUCUUGGGACAAGGGAGUCUGUUUCGAAGAGCUCCAGCCACAAUGUCAAUCAUGGUUGAAGUCACGCUACGAAAAGAUCAUCGAAUGGGAUGAACGAAGACGAAUGCGAAGACAAUUUAAGGAACUCCAUGAUACCUACUACUGCAUGAAACAACACUAUUCGAUUGUGAAGAUACUAUCGUACCUUAACGGUAUUCGCGAUGGAACUCCAAAUUCACCACCGCCACCAUCUGCCAUUACUGCCAUCAAGCGAACCUUGCAAGUGAUUGGAGAAACGAUUAAAAGUACUCGCGAUACUCCGAAUAUUACGAUGAAAUUGGAUCGCAUUUUGAAGCUUAUCACCUCCGUGUCGCUGACCGAGCGCACGAAAGAUUUACGUCAAUUCUUUAGCCACGGCUAUUCCCUGGAGAAAUUGGAAAUGGAGAAAGAGACCGAAUCGUUAUCGGAGCUUGAGCAAGCAUCCGUUUUUCAGGAGAUAGAGAAAAACUUCCGUGAAGCGCGACGUUGGUUCGAGUACACACAAACACAACAAAACUUCCGUAUCUACCGCCGGUAUCUUGGCUAUCUGCUGUGCUUCAAAUCGAUCGAUGCCCUACGGAACUAUAUUGUAUACUUGGGAACGGAAUUCAAGGCCAGUCUCAUACAAACGUACCUUCCAGAGCAACUAACGGAAGCGAAAUUGCUUCUCCAACAUGUUCUGCAAAACCCUGAAUCCUCCAGUAGCAAUCCCUUAUUGACCAGCACACUACGAUCCGAGCUGGAUUAUUUGGCGCGAGAGAUUCAACUUCGAAUUGGUGCGAUACGCGUUGAAAAUGCUAUCCUCGGUCGCACAGUGGAUGAGUACUUUUUUCUUGAAACCUACAUAUCCCAAUCAACGGGAGCACGUCUGGAGCGUGUACACCGGAUGGCCCGAUCGAUCUUGCGGCAUACCAAGCUCUCCAAACGGCACACGCUCGUCGAGAAAACGGAUCUCAUAUUCGGUCGCGAACUGUUGGCUCGAUUGCAGGGUGCCGAAAUGAAUGACGACCGUCGGUACAUAUGGGGCUGCAUUUGGCAGCGGUUAGCGAGAGAUAACUUUGAUGGUAUCGAUACACUGCUCGGACGGACGGAACAGCGGCCCGAUGCAGCUCUCGACGCAACAAUCGAGACGAUGCAACAGCUUGGGCUAACGCUUGACGAUGAGGAUUAUCUGCAGUUCGUUAAUCGGAGACUAUGCAAGAGCUACUACCAUAACGUGUUCGUUCUGGAUAACAAGUACCGGGUGUUGAAGGAAAUCGUUAAAGAUCGUCGUGCGCAGGUUGCACCCCGAGAGGCCCUGACACGCAUGAAAGAGCUAAGGCGCGCCGAUGAAACGUUGCUGCAGCAGCAGUACGAUCGGCUGGUUGGAAGGAUGGAAGAGCUUUUGGGUCACCCGUGCUUCGACAGCACGCGUGCCGAUCAGAUAGCGCUCGAGUACUGCCUGCUGGAGGUAACGGAAAUCCUCUGUAACCUGGGACUGUUUCGGGAUAACGUGCACGAACUGGUGUCGCUUGUACCGGUUGUUACGGGGCGCAAUUUGCGUAAUUAUCUUGCUCAUGAUGGGCUAGCGUAUGAUACGCUCACCGGAAUGACGGAUGUAGCUGUUUGCAAUGCAAAAUGGCUAAUUAAGAAUCGAUUUAAACUCUAUCAAACCAGCACGAAAAACCCGGCUUUCUCUGCUUCUCAAACCAACCACAUGGUGCUGAGAUCCGAGCAAGUUUUUCAAAUGCAAACGGAAUGGACCGAGCAGCUUGUGAGAUUCAUCCAACUCGUUAAACAGCUAGCUGCUUCGCAAUUGGAGCUACACAUGACGAAAUACUGGCAAUCACGAGCAGCACUACUGCUUGAACAACGGAACCAUCUCGAAGAGAAUGUUCUGACGAUUGCUGUUAACGGAAAUGCUGCGCGAUUCAUCGAUCAGCUGCUCCACUAUCGCCAAGGUUCCAGUGAAGAUAAUAUGUUCUUUUUGCUGCUGAAACACAGCCGAGAGGAAGAUCUUAAGGAAAAAAUUGCCCAUAUCAUUGCAAAUCCUAAUCCGCUCUGCCUUCGCCUAGCGCUCCGAGUUGGUUUAUGGAGCGAAAUUCAAGCCAUCCUACCAGGAUGUGAUCAACAGCUAGCACAGCAGAUCGUGGCUACUGCAAUACCGGAUGUAUUUCGGCGCUUUCCUACCACCUUCAUCGUACAGCUGGUGGAGCUUGUUCCACCCGGUUGGUUGUUUGGCAUAAACGAUCAUCUUGGUAAUACGAUCGUUCACUUAACGGUACUGAGAGGAGAUGAGCAUUUACUUUGGCUAGUACUGCGCCGUUACGGUAGUCUCGUUAACGUGGCAAAUCGAUUCGGAGACUUCCCAUUACUGCUUGCCAUUCGUUAUCAUGGAUCCGCGAUAGCUAAGGUGCUGCUCGAUCAUGGUGCCGAUCCGUGGUUGCAUCCAAAGAUUAUCGAAGCGAUCGCUAUCUGUGAUGAAGGUUCGCUACUGGAGCGCAUCCAACAGCAGGUUCAGCCCAAACUACCAAUCGCACCCGUGGGUGAAGGUUUUCAACACAAUCCGUUGAGAGCCGCCAUCGAAUGCAAGCACUUGGCAAUGUUUCAACAGCUCCAUCGCAGCUUCAAGUGUGAUCUGCGCCAGGGAGACUUGCUACAUCUGGCAGCCCGGCUUAAUCGUAUUGAGUUGCUGGAGUAUAUUCUGAAGGAGCUGAACGCUGGAAGACAACAUUCCAGCGGCGAAUAUGCCGCCAUUGAUCUAGUGAACGAGGGAUACGCAUUCACUCCUCUAAUGUUGGCUUGCGGGCGAGGGCAUUACGAAGCGGCCCAGCUUUUACUUCAGCACGGCGCAAACGGACUCUACCGGAACGAAAACGGGUUCACACCGUGGCACUGUGCGGUGCACGGUGGGAACCGACGUGUUCUUAAGCUGAUCCUCGCCAUUCCCGGCGUACAGGUGGAUGCGGUCACCAGAGAUCAACGAUCAGCACUAAGCAUAGCAAUCGAAACGGGUCAAAGUAGCAUACAGAUUGCUGUCCUAUUGAAGGCAGGCGUGUCCGUGAGGCCAGAACAUGUUCUGAGGGCGUGUAUGCUGGAAAGGAGUGCCAUUGCCGAACUGCUGAUUGCUCAAAAUUUGAAAGAAUUUCUUGAGGCACGUGACUUUUGUCAACGAACUCCACUCAUGCUGGCGGUAUUACAAGGUAACGUGGCAAUGGUACGGCAUCUGCUUGCACUCGGUGCUAAUGUGAAUGCCGCUAACAUGAUGGGUAUGAGAUGUCUGCACGUGGCUGCUCUGAACAACCACGUGCACCUCUGUGGGGUUUUGCUGGCGCUGACUUAUCUCGAUCGCGAGGCUGAAGACAAUUUCGGCAGAACGGCACUGGUGGUCGCGCUGGAGAGGGAGCACCUGACGAUAGUGGAGUUAUUGCUUCAACAUGGUGCAAACGUACAGAGUGCGUAUCGGUAUCGGUUUGCGCAGCAUCGUAAUGUGUCGCUGCUGCAUAAGUUCGCCAUCGAGCGCCGUCCUCGAAUGGUGGAAUAUUUAUUAAAGAAGCUCAAGUUUCCAGCCAACAUUUUAGAUGACGAUGGAAAGACGGCAGCCAUGUAUGAUUCCUAAUAUCCGUGAUACAAUAGCUCUCUAAUGCAUCUGUGCAAAAGAAACUAGGAGCGGGUUCUCGGGAUCCGAGAUAGAAGAUAUUAAUAAACUCUCGCUCUCUUGUGAAACUGUAUAACGCACAAUUCGCUAGUACAGUAAUUGUAAAAACAAAAACUAAUGAACAUUCGAUUGAUUGGAUCAUCAUCGAGUCAAGUUUAGCUACAAUGAAUAUAACUUUAUGCAUCGAUUCAAAUAAAA